GACUCGCGCGCUAGAGCGUAUACUUAUUGCGCGACUCGGCGGCCACGCGGCUUCGAGCUCUCGUGGGGCUUUUGGUUGUAGUUUCCGUGAAGAUCCAUAGUUGGACUUUGAAUCGCGAGUCAUGUCGGGGUGCCGAUUUUCGUGGGCCAUCGUUGCCCUUGUGCUGUGCCAAUUGGGGCUCGAUCGGGCCGGUGCCAGGAUCGUAGGGGAGCUGGACACGAACGAUGUGCCGGAUUUUUGCGACAGCCAAGUCUAUUGUCAAGGCGAGCUGCUAAAGAGAGUCCAGCUGGCAAACUUGACGCGCGACAGCAAAGCCUUCGUCGAUCUCUACCAGAAGCAGGACGAGGAGGUGACGCUCGCCAAUUUCAAAAUGCUGAUGCAAAAAACGAACGACAAUCCGAGUCGCGAGGAGUUGCGCAAGUUCGUGAACGACCACUUCGAGGAUGUGAACGAGCUGCAAAACGCCACACUGGCCGAUUGGAGGGAGCACGUGAGUCUGAUGAAACGAGUGAGGGAUCCAAACUAUAAACGCUGGGUCUACGAUCUCAACCAGAUUUGGAAGAUGUUGGCGCGCAAGAUGACCGAUGACGUGCGCAAUCGUCCCAGGAGGCACAGUCUCAUCUACGUCGAUCAUCCCUUCAUUAUUCCCGGGGGACGAUUCAAGGAGUUCUACUACUGGGACAGUUACUGGGUGAUCGAAGGCUUACUGCUGAGUGACAUGUACCAGACGUCGAGAGGUAUGAUCGAAAAUUUCAAGGAGAUGAUCGAGAGGUAUGGAUUCAUUCCCAACGGCGGACGUGUGUACUACCUGAUGAGAAGCCAGCCGCCUCUGUUGACGUCGAUGAUCGAGAAGUACUACGAGUUCACGAAGGAUUGGAAAUACGUGGUCGAGAGUCUGCCGAUUCUAGAAAAAGAGUUCAAGUACUGGAAGCAGUACAAGACCCUCAAGAUCCCCGUGAACGGCAAGAUCCACGAGAUGUACCGGUACGUGACCAGCAGCGAGGGUCCACGCCCGGAAAGUUACCGGGAGGACUACCACCUCGCGCAGGGCAUCACCGAUCCGGAAAAGAAGCGUCGUUUCUACAACAACGUGAAGGCCGGUGCCGAGUCCGGCUGGGACUUUUCGGCGCGUUGGUUCGUCGGCCCGAAAGGCGAGUUUUCCUUCGAUCUCGACAACAUCAACACCCAGGACGUAGUUCCCGUUGAUCUCAACGCCUUUGUUGAGAGGAACGCCAGGACCCUCGCCAUUUGGUUCAAUGGUCUCAAGAAUUACAAGAAAGCAAAAUACUACAAAGGCAUAGCAGAGGAUCUGCGCGCAGCCAUUGCAGCCGUUAACUGGAAUUCGACAGAGGGUACUUGGUUCGACUACGACGCCAAACAUCAGAAGCACAGGACCUCAUUUUACCCGUCAAACUUGGCACCUCUCUACACCAUGAGUUAUGAGCGAGAUUUGGCCAGCAGCUUAGGCCAGCAGAUCGUCGACUAUCUCCACCGCAAGGGCAUCCUCGAUUUUGCCGGUGGUGUCCCAACGUCGCUGGACAACAGCAGCCAGCAGUGGGACUUUCCCAACGCCUGGCCGCCGCUGCAAUCGAUCGUGGUGCAGGGCCUGCAGAGAACGGGCUACCAGCCGGCUAUGAAGGUCGCCAGGACUCUGGCCUACACUUGGCUCAGGUCUAAUUACAUCGGGUUCAACGAUACGGACAAGAUGUACGAGAAGUACGAUGCAACUAGUCCUGGCCGGUACGGUGGCGGCGGUGAGUACGACGUGCAGAACGGCUUCGGCUGGACGAACGGCGUGGUGCUCGAGUUCCUCGCCACCUACCCGGAUUUAACUUUCAACAGCAAUGCCGAGAAGCGUCCGCACUACGAGAGAUUCGCUUAUCAGAAUCAUCUGAGAACCGCAGGAUCCAACCGACCAGUACUUAGAUCUAUAUGGAAUCAUUAUUGCCAGAAGAAGUGAGAGCAGAAUUAUAAAUCUAGUAAGACAGUGCAUUGAUAAAAAAAAAAAAAACUAAGAUAAUUGAAUUUGACAUUGUAUUGGUGGUAUUGUUUUAUUUGUAAAUUAUUAGAACAAUUUAUAAAAUAAUGAGAAGUGUACAAAGUGACUUUAUCCAAAUAUCUGUAAUAUUAAAUGUUAUGAAUGAUGGUAAACAAACUCUUGGAAUAAUGUUCUACAAGAUUUUUACGACUUACUUGUUGAAGCCAAAAAAAUAUGCAUCAGUAUAUUAGUACUAUUAAGCAAGAAUAAUAAUAAAAAAA